AUGUUCCAGCUGCCCAUCCUCAAUUUCAGCCCGCAGCAGGUGGCCGGGGUAUGCGAGACCCUGGAGGAGAGCGGGGACAUCGAGCGCCUGGGGCGCUUCCUCUGGUCCCUGCCCGUGGCCCCCGCGGCCUGCGAGGCGCUCAACAAGAACGAGUCGGUGCUGAGAGCCCGGGCCAUCGUGGCCUUCCACACGGGGAACUACCGGGAACUCUACCACAUCCUGGAGAACCACAAGUUCACCAAGGAGUCCCACGCCAAACUGCAAGCCCUCUGGCUGGAAGCGCACUACCAGGAGGCGGAGAAGCUGCGGGGCCGACCCCUGGGGCCGGUGGACAAGUACCGGGUGAGGAAGAAGUUCCCGCUGCCGCGCACCAUCUGGGACGGCGAGCAGAAGACACAUUGCUUCAAGGAGCGGACGAGGCAUUUGCUGCGGGAGUGGUACCUGCAGGACCCUUACCCCAACCCCAGCAAAAAGCGGGAACUGGCUCAGGCCACGGGACUUACCCCCACGCAAGUGGGCAACUGGUUCAAAAACCGCAGGCAAAGGGACAGGGCAGCAGCCGCUAAGAACAGGCUACAGCAGCAGGUCCUAACGCAGGGCUCGGUGCGCUCGCUGCAAGCGGAGGAGGAGAGCGGCGGGGAGGCGGUGGGAGCCGCCUCCAGCCCCGCAGCCAGCCUCUCCAGCAAAGCGGCCACCUCCGCCAUCUCCAUCACAUCCAGCGACAGUGAAUGUGACAUCUGA